CAGUGAAAGUGAUUGACAAGAAAAGAGCCAAAAAGGACACCUAUGUCACCAAGAACCUGCGGCGGGAAGGACAGAUCCAGCAAAUGAUCCGCCACCCCAAUAUUGCCCAGCUGCUGGAUAUACUGGAAACCGAGAACAGCUACUACCUGGUCAUGGAGCUGUGCCCUGGUGGCAACCUGAUGCACAAGAUCUAUGAGAAGAAGAGGCUGGAGGAGCAUGAAGCCCGCAAAUACAUCCGGCAGCUCAUCCUGGCAGUGGAGCACCUUCACCGGGCGGGAGUCGUGCACAGAGACUUGAAGAUAGAAAAUCUGCUGCUAGAUGAAGACAACAAUAUCAAGCUUAUUGACUUUGGAUUGAGCAACUGUGCAGGAAUCUUGGGUUAUUCUGAUCCCUUCAGCACCCAGUGUGGGAGCCCAGCAUAUGCAGCCCCUGAACUUCUGGCAAGGAAGAAAUACGGGCCCAAAAUAGACGUUUGGUCCAUUGGGGUGAACAUGUAUGCCAUGCUGACUGGAACAUUACCCUUUACUGUGGAGCCAUUCAGCUUGAGAGCCUUAUACCAAAAAAUGGUGGACAAAGAAAUGAACCCCUUUCCCACCCAGCUCUCCUCAGCGGCCAUCACCUUCCUGCGCUCCCUGCUGGAGCCAGACCCCGCAAAGAGACCAAACAUCCAGCAGGCCCUGGCAAACCGAUGGCUCAACGAGAACUACCCCGGGAGAGCGCCGCCCAAUGUCACCUAUCCAAACAGGAUUCACCUGGAGGACCUCAGCCAGAGCGUGCUGCUGCACAUGACUGAGAAGCUGGGCUACAAGAACAGCGAUGUCAUCAACACUGUGCUCUCCAACAGGGCCAGCCACACGCUGGCCAUCUACUUCCUGCUCAACAAGAAGCUGGAGCGCUACCUGGCCAGCCUCAGGAAGGCUGAAGGCCAGGACAGUAUUUGCCACAAGAACCAGCUGUACCAGAUAGAAAAAUACAAGGCAAAUAAAGACUCCUAUGAGAUCCAGAACACCAAGGCUCUGCUGAAGGACCGGAAAGUCGCCAAGCCCGGGGGUCCGGAGAAAGACUCCGGCGGCGGCGUCAGCCCUUUCCACGAGCCCCUGGCAGCCAAGACAGGCUGUGUCACCUCCAGCUCCCUGGAAUACCUGGAGGUCCAGCAGCCGCCCCCCAGGACCCCCCGGCUCCUCAAGAGGCAGGAGUCUCCCCAGCCAGAGCCGUCCCGGAUCGGGGGCCGGCCAAGGGACUCCCCUCUCAUCCUGAAUAUUGUGCACUCCUUCGAGUCAGUUGACAGAGAGGACCAAAUAGACCAGGUUUCCCCCUCUCACCAGUACAGAAUUUUAGGCUCUCCAAUGAAUUUCCCUUACAAAAGCUCAAGUGAAAGGACACUGUCCCCGCUCUUUCCCCCAGGGAGCACGUCUCCCGUCCACCCCACCCAGGUCUCUUUCACGUAUGAGGAGAAGGCGUAUCCAGCCAAGGAAGAAGCAGUGUCCCCUACUCAGCUGGCCCCCAGCAACCCCCUGGGCAGCCCAAACUGUGUGAAAAGCAGGGGCAGGUUCCCCAUGAUGGGGAUCGGACAGAUGCUGCGGAAGAGGAACCAGACCAUGCAGUCGGCGAGCGAAAAGCCCCUGGAAGCCAGGAUGCCUCAGCUGCAGCAGAUGAGCCCCACACAGAUCUCCUUCAACACAGAGGCUGUCAGUGGCCAGUGUUAGUCUGACAUCCUGGGAUUUGCACUGCUCUUCUCUGGGAUCCGAGAUUCUUUUUCUCCUUUAAUCAAGAAGGGAAAGCCAGAGGCGUGUUGCUGUCACUGCGUGAUACCCUGUGGUGGUGCAGCGUAGGAAAUCGGAGGUUUGUUUGCAAGGAAGGCGUUGUCCUACAUAUUAAAGUUGAAAGGAAAGGGCUCUGCUUGUGCUGUUAAGAAAUACUCGCAUUUGGCAUCUGACUGUACAGUAAAACAUCCUGCAAGAGCUGCGUGAAUCUGUAUUUUCACUGCUCUCACCUGGCGCGGCAGCGAGGUUGGUUGGAAGAACCGCGAGCACCGAGGGUUUGGUUCCUCCAGGAAAGCAGUGGUGCCACGGAUGCCGGGCCAGGAUCUGUGGUGAGACUGUCCCUGCUCCACCUGCCUGUGCCACACAGCACGUGGUGCUGCUGCAGGCAUUGCUCCUGGGGCAGGCAAGGGGGAAAACCCCAGGUACUCUGUCCAAAGUGAGCUUGCUGACAAGCCCUGCCGAGAAGAUGGAGGUGGUAGAAGCUUGAAUAAAGACACGAGCGGUCUGAUUCAGAGGAAGUGGGAAUAUUGGAAUUCAAGGCAGAUUUUACUGUUAAUUACAUAAAGUAGGUAAUAACACAGUCAUUUUUUUUCAUAAGGAAAACUGUGAUUUAAUCAUGUCACAAGAAACAUGGUUAUUUAAAAACAAGUGGCAUCACGUGGAAAUCCACUGCAUUAAAGGCCAGCUCCUUUCAUAUGAGGGGUCUGCAAGCAGCUGCUUCAAACAGGAAUCCAGAUUGCAGCAGGCUGUGUGUUUAAACAAUCAGCCAGCACCUGCAUUAGCCCCUGCUACAUCAAGGCAGCAUUGGACACACCUGAAGGCUUCUUUCAGACUGCAGUGAAUUAAAAAGACUAAUAAAGGACACAUGAACCUGUACCAAGUCCAUUUUAUACUCCAAGAUUGGUAAUGUAGUGGUUACCAAAAACUGGGUGGGUAUUGUUACGAGCAGUGAAGAUUAACUUUCUUAAAAGACACCAUGUUCUGUAUACCAGUCUUGCUUUUCUAAGUAAAUGAUACAUCUGAGAGGUUGACAACAUUUUUUUGGUUCUGUUUCUGUCCUCAAACCAUUUCCUAUAAAUCAGAAGGUUUAGCCAAAGACAAAGUCUGCUCUUUUCUCUAGUCUGUACCACCCCUGUGUACGUGUUUGUGUCCUCAGAGCAUCUCAGUAAAGCUUGUUCCAGCCUGGUUCCCCCAUGGGCAGCCCUGGCCCACACUGCUCCCUCCACUGAACGUCAUUUCAAAACCCAGGGAGCAGAGGUGGCGUCUUCUUGCCGUUGGGAUUUUGCCACUGGUAGGAAUCCAGGCCCUGUUUUCAUCCAGACUUUUACAGACAAUUUCAUUGCCCCGUCGGUGUCCAUCCUUACCCCUGUUUGGGAAGUUUUCCUUCCAGUUUCAUGAGCAGGAUCCUGGGUCAGGAGGGGCAGCAGAGGCAGGGGAGAAGGUUCCCAGCAGAGCCCAUAGCUGAGCCUUUGUUCCUGCUUUGCAGCACAGCACAAGCCCAGCACCAAAAUCUGCAGGAGAAAAUGGGCAUUUAUCCAAAUACUGACAGAUAACUGGGCUGCUCAGUGCUGCCAAAACCAGCAGAGUGAUGCCUAGAGCACCCAUCUCAUCCCUGCAGGUGGGACCUUCCCUUAGCACUGGAGAGUCCGUGUGCAUCUUGGACCCUUCAGUGGAGUGAGGACUCCCACCUCUGAGGGAGCUGUGCUGCCUGUAAAAUAAUACACAUGGAAGUCCCCAAUCUGAUGAGAAAAGACAGCUCUGGAAUAAUUUUACCCAUUUUCACAUGGAGAAGUGUUUCAUUGUUUGUAGAGAGCACCUGUGCAUCCCAGGGGGCCAUUUUAACUCCUUCAUUUAUAAACAUCAGAGCAUUUUCAUUCUCUUCAUGCUAAGAACACGUUUGUGCUGGCAAGCCAGUGGGCAGGGACCACUGAAAUCAGGGAUCACUGGAAUCAGGGACCACUGAAAUCCCCUCCUUUGUGUGCACCAGACUCACAUACCCGAACAGAUGGCAGAUGCUGACUUGAAUUACAAACUCAGGUUUAUUUGGAACCCAAUAAAAGGUUGGGGGAGGCAGGAAAGAGACAUGUUUUGGUUGGGAUUUGUUUUUGUUGUGUUGUUUUGGGUUUUUUUUCGUGGAAGCACAGGAAAUAUGUGUAAGAAUCAGAAUGAAAACAAAUAUUAAAUCUUUUAUUAUAUUUAUAGAGAAUAUAUGAGUACUACACCGCUAAAACAUAACCAUGUAUUAUUCGUCAUAGUCAGUAGCUAUGUACAGUCCAGCUGCAGUGACCACAGGAGGGACCAACUGAAUAUCAUAGUGGAAAUUCCAGGGGGGAAAAGCUGUAUUUGGUAUCAUUAUUAAACACAUGUACUUUUUGAACAAGA